UCAGUUGAGUUCAGCUGUCAGCAAGGUUCAGCAGCACCGAUUUCUUCUAAAUGACUGAAUAUAUCCCCUCAGCGUCGCCUGUUUGAACAAAACCUCGCAAAUUAAUGUUAACAACACUCGAGACACGUCGUCGAAUAACGUUGGAUACUUGACAGUAUGUUAAAAUCGGACAAUAUCAGACGCUCUGACGUCUCGUGAAGUCUUCAACGCUUACAAGACGGAGGCAACGGCGAGUACGACAACGGACGAUUUGGGCAGCUAUUAAAAAAAACAAGGGGACCUUCCGUCAUUUGACCAGGGAAUCCUUCUUCUUAAAAUAAUCAUCACAGACUCGCAGAGCGAGUCUGUGAGCUGUGCAGUGUGGGACGCUGUCUGCCCCGUUGUCAUCAGACGUCAUGAGCUGGAGCUUCCUGACACGUCUGCUGGAAGAGAUCCAGCACCACUCCACGUCGGUGGGGAAACUCUGGCUCACCACACUAGUUGUCUUCCGUAUUGUCCUGACUGCAGUGGGCGGUGAGUCCAUAUACUACGAUGAGCAGAGCAAGUUUGUCUGCAACUCGGGUCAGCCGGGAUGCGAGAAUGUCUGCUAUGAUGCCUUUGCACCACUCUCACACGUGCGAUUCUGGGUCUUCCAGAUCAUACUGUCUGCCCUGCCCUCUCUGCUCUACAUGGGCUACGCAGCCAAUAAGAUCUCCCACAGUGAGGAGUCACGGGGUGGAGCAGGGCCCGUGGCUCCAGCAGCUGACGGGACAGAGGGCGGAUACACCCAGCGAAGGCCAAGAAAGAUGUAUUUUGGGGCACGGCAGCACCGAGCAGGACACGAGGAUGGGGAAGAGGAACGGGAGGAUGACCCCAUGAUCUACGAAGUGCCUGAGAUAGACACCUCACGUCGGGAGUUGGUGCCACCACGGCCCAAGCCCAAAGUGAGGCAUGAUGGACGCCGGCGCAUCCGUGACGACGGGCUGAUGCGAGUGUAUGUUCUACAGCUGCUAACACGUUCCGUGCUGGAGGCGGGCUUUCUAGCUGGACAGUAUCUGCUUUACGGCUUUCGCGUGGAACCAGUUUUUGUGUGCUCGGAUAAGCCCUGCCCACACCACGUGGACUGUUACAUCUCACGCCCUACAGAAAAGACCAUCUUCCUCCGAAUAAUGUAUGGCGUCAGCUGCCUUUGCCUGCUACUAAACCUAUGGGAAAUGAUCCACCUCGGAGUGGGAACCAUUAGCGACGUUCUCCGCAAAAGAAAUGCAGCAACAACAGAGGAUGAAUACCAACUGGGCCUGCUUACGGCAGGGGGGUUGUCAGUCGGAGUGGGCGGGCCAGCGCUAAGCGAGGGAGAGCUAGGAGGUGUGGUUGGGGGAGGUGUAAAAGAAGCAGACUAUGUUGGUUAUCCCUUCUCAUGGAACACCCCUUCUGCACCACCGGGCUACAACAUUGUGGUAAAGCCUGAGACCAUGCCAUACACAGACUUGAGCAAUGCCAAGAUGGCUUGCAAGCAGAACCGUGCCAACAUUGCACAGGAGGAGCAGCAACAAUACGGCUCCAAUGAGGACAACUUUCCAUCAGCAGGUGAGACGCGGCCACCGCCGAUCAACAAAGACGUCAUACAAUUAGAAGCAGCGAUUCAAGCCUACACCUUGCAGCACCAUGCCAAUAAUAACCACGAUGACCUGAACGACAACCAUAACAUUGAUGAAAAGCCUCAGAGUAACAUCACUACAGCACCACAAAAGGAGCGAAAGCACCGGCCCAAGCACAGCAAAUCAGGGAGCGCUGGAAGCAGCAGCAGUAGCAAGUCAGGAGAAGGCAAACCAUCUGUCUGGAUCUGACAUUCACACACACACACACACCUGAGAACUAUACUCAGCGAACAGUUACAUUACAUAUUCAGGGUUCAAUACAAGUUAAGCACAAUUGCCAGUAUUAGUAGCAUAAUGUUGAUUACCACAAAAAUUGUAUUUUGACUUGUCCCUCCAAAAAUCUGGAUUAUAGUGAGGCACUUACAAUAGAAGUGAAUGGUGCCAAUCCGUGAACUUUAAAAUACUCACUGUUUCAAAAGUACAGCCACAAGACGUAAACAAUAUGCAUGUUAAUAUGAUUUUAGUGAGAUGAAAUAAUUUACUAACAUUUUCUGUGAUAAGGUAUAUCCAAGUUUCAACAACUUUGUUGCCAUGAUGACAAUUUAAACUUUACAGCUCAAAUAAUACACAAUUUUAUUUAAAAUAAUUAAUGUAUGUGCUUUUAUAAAAUUAUAAGCUUCACAUUUCUGCUUUUAAACCCUCCAAAUAUUGGCCCCAUUCACUUACAAUAUAAGUUCCUCUCUGUAAUCUCAGUUUUUGCAUUUUUUAAAGAA